GGAUUUCAUAAUAUUAACGAGCUUUCUAAAAUACUAAGCUCCUGACAUAUUUUAAGCAAAAUAAUCUAGAUUUAUAUAUUCAUACUAAGUUCUUCUAGAAUACCAUUGGGUAUACCUUACAGAAUGUCCAUACGACUAAUCGCAACAUCUUGUGUCGAUUGGUCAUUAAACGCAGAGGCAACAUCUGAGGAUACCUUUUGGUGGAACAAUACUUUCAGCAUUACUAUCUUUGAAAGGGCUCUUCAGGUUACGAAGGAGAGAUAUGUAGAUCAGAUCACCGAUACAGACGUAUGGGAAAAGUAUAUUGAAUUCCAGAUUAAAAAUGUAUUCAAAAUGUGUUCAGUGUGCAGUCGCCCAGAGGGCAAUACAGAUAUGAGAAUAUGUUGCAACUGUGGAGGAACAAUCCAUAUGGAAUGCUCUCUGGUUGCUACUCCAGAUCAGAUUAUAAGUAAACCCGCUAACACGAGGUUUAAAGAUUUAAUGUGUCUGUGUGCUCGGUGUCAUGGAAAUACAACAGGCCAAGGUCUUUCACCUCAACUGAAGGAGGCUGAUAAUCUCAGGAGGGUUGCAAUUCGCGUUUUGUCCUUGAAAGAAGAGCUUCCACUCACAAUCUACGAAGAAGUAUCACGCAUAGCACAGAAAGCCAAUGAACUGAGCAAUCCUUCGCAGCUCAUGACUCGAUUGAAAUGCCUUGUUCGAGACCUUUAUCAGAGCCAAAGUUCUUUAUCAUUUCUAGCGAAAGAACGUAUUAGCUCUAAAUCUAGCGGGAUUGGUGUGGUUGCAACACAGAAUAUUCCUGAAUUUUCCAUUAUUGGAGUCUAUCCAGGCUACAUUGACAUGCUAAGUGGUGAGCAGGCAAAGUAUGGACGUCCUUUUCCCAAGUAUGCUUUAAUGGAGCUUAAUUGUGCAGAUUUUUACAAUAACGUCUUUGAAGAAUUUCAAGAUACCUUUACUCCCUUUAUUAACGAACCUAACGAAAAUGAAACCAGUAACUGCGCUUGGAUUCAGGAGAGCAAUCAAAUAAAUGGUCGAUUAAGCAUUAUUUCUGUAAAGGAAAUUAAAAAGGGAGAAGAGCUUUUGAUAGGAUACGGGCCAAUAUAUGCCCGGAACUAUCCGUACCGUUACGACGCAUAUGCAUUUCAUCCUGUAGAGGGAUACGAUAAUCCAUGUUGCUAUGCACUAUGGCAUUGGCCAACGCUGGAUAAAGAUAAUGCAGAAUUUGUAGGUUACGUUGGUUACCUGCAACAUAUGAACAAGUAUAUGAACUGGGAAAGCAUACUGAAGUCCUGA